UUCUUCUGUGGAGUCCCCUCUCUCUCAAGCUAUCAGUGGCUUGAACAGAGCUGAAUUGUCUAUGGAUUGUUUAUAGCACCCUUACAACAUCCACCAUGGACUCCAGCGCAACAGCAGAUUCCCCGUCCCUCCCUUGGAGGGCUUUCUCCAACACAACGAUGUGGGGAGUGGCGGGUCUCUGUCGUGGAUUCCUGUCUGUCCUCUGUAAUGCAGAGUGUCAUGGGAAGGAAGCUUUCACAGAGUUGUUGGACUCGCGACAUGAAAUAUCGGAACGAUCUAGAGGAUUGAUUACAGUGUCAAACCAUCUUAGCGUAAUGGAUGAUCCAUUGAUUUGGGGCAUUUUGCCUAUGCGAUUCUGGAACAAGCGAUGGUCAUUUGGAAGCCACGAUAUUUGCUAUCAGAACAGACCCCUCGCGCUAUUCUUCACUAUGGGCAAGGUUUUGCCUACACACCGUCUCGCACACUCUCCGUUUGGUGGCCUAGGACAACCUGCCAUCACCGAAGCCGUUCGAUUGUUAUCCAAGGGCCCGUUCCCUGUUGACCACCACCGCGCUAUCCCUGAACGCCAGCAUUGGAGCAAGGAAAACGUCUGCGUCGAUCCCUUCUCGGACCUCUCAAUCGCAUACACCACCAACGGCCAGGACGCGCACUUGGCCCCUUCCGCGUACUCCUGCAACUCCCAUUCGUGGGUGCACAUUUUCCCGGAGGGCAAGAUUCACCAGUCACCGCGAAAGACGAUGCGCUAUUUCAAGUGGGGUAUUGCACGCCUUAUCCUAGAGCCCAAGGAGUGCCCGGACGUUGUUCCGAUGUGGAUCGAAGGCUUCGACGAUGUCAUGCACGAGAGUCGGAAGUUCCCACGGUUCUUGCCUCGGCCUGGAAAGCGGGUCAGUGUUACUUUCGGAUCCAAGGUGGACACCAAUGAAGUCUUCGGAGAUAUGAGGUCACGUUGGGACAAGUUAAAAGCCAAGGUUGAAAAGAGAGACCCCGAGUCCCGCGACCUGCCAGUUGGUGUCUUGAGCGAGGAGCUGUUGAACAACAAAGAAGCAGUUGAGCUGCGCAAAGAGGUCACCUUGAAGGUGCGAAACCUCGUCUUGGAUGUUCGCCGGUCUCGUGGAUUCCCCGACGAGGACCCCAAGGAGGGCCUGGUUGACACCUGGUUGGAGGAAGGCCCUAAGCGUGAGGGCCACAUGAAGGACGAUUCCUGGGUUCGAGAUAUUUGAGCCAUUGUAUAAAAUAGUGUAUAAAUAUGUAUAGACCUGCAACGAUCAGCUUAGCUUCGACUUUUUUUACUUGGAUAUGGCAGUCUAUUGCCGCCACAGUGUCAAAACAAAUUUCCCCUAUAUAGCCCUUUAUAUCAUUGAG